AUGCAGCCGCCGCAGUGUCUCUUGCAGCUGCCGAGGUGCAGCGUUAGCCGUCGCCGCCAACUCCGGCCUCGUCUUCGCGUCACUGCCGCCCGCCUGCGUCUCCGCUGCGACGUCGAGGGGGAAGCGCAGGUGCGGCUCCCCCAGCCCGAAAAACACGGCCACCGGUGCGUUCGGCAGCUCCGAGUAGCAGCGCCACAAGUCGGUGCUAAUGGCCUCCGCGAGCGACUCCCGCACGUACUCCGGCAUCACUGGGCUGUAGGCCCGCACCAACAUUCGCAGCAGCUGGUGAAGGUCCACGUCGUGGAAGGUGGUGGGGUGCAGGGCAAGCCGCUGCCACGCGGCAGCCUCGGGGACGCGGUCGCUCGGCCACCGCCCCAGGGCGUGGACAACACCAACAAAUGUGCACACGGCAGACUCCCGCUCCGUCCAGCAGGCGCCACUCGCCGUGAUGCCCUCAAAUGCGAGUGCGAGGGCGGUCUCUUCUCCCACCAGCUCCCUCAGCAGCCGCACACCACGCGGCUGCGCGUCAUCGGCGGGCGACACGGCGGACACCGCAGACGACGUGGAGAAAACAGGAACCGCCGACACGAGCAUUUGGUUCAGCACGGCGCGGAACUCCUUCUCGCCCUGAAGGGGAAGGGUGCUAUGCAGUGGGAAGGUGCUUGA